UCUUAGGAAAAAACCCCUAAAUCUAAAAGAAAGAAAAACCCUAAUCAGUGGCUGCAGAAAAGUAGAAGAAACCAGACCUCAGAAAAACGCAAAAACUCAAAAAAUGGGAGGCAAAUGUCCGCACAGAAAGGUGAAGAAGAGAAGAUUAUCUCACAAAACCGAUCGCCGUGCCAGAUUCCUCAUCAAAGGUGAUGACAUGGUUUAUGAUGAAUUGAAGAAGCCUGAGGGAGAGAGAAAAGCUUUGCCUGUUGAUGAAGAUUUGCCUGGAAUGGGCCAGCACUAUUGUCUUCACUGCGAUCGAUUCUUUGCCAAUGUAUCUGUGAGGGAUGAUCAUUUUAAGACCAAAAAACACAGGAGACGUGUGAAACAAAUGAUGGGUGAUGCACCACACACUCAACUUGAUGCUGAGUUAGCUGCAGGGAUGGGAAUGCCAGAUAAUGGACCAAAGUUAAUGUCUAUGUAACUUUCUUCUUUUGUGGUGGUUGGGAGAUUAUAGUAGAACCUGGUGUUAGAUUAUGCUUGUUAGUACAAUACUACAAUAUUAAGAUAUAAGUGAAAUUUUGUUAUUGAUUCUCUCAUUUCAAUUUCAAUCUAAUUUUUCUUUUUAA